GCGGCGCGGAGGCCUCUGGGAAGCAGGAAGUGAAGGUGGCUCUGAGUCCCUCCUCCUGCACUUCCAGAGAUCUGCCCGCUUUGGCCCCUUAACGGGCCAUAGAACUCCCUCCGCGCCGCGCCUCAGGCCUCGAGAGACAAGCCUGGGAAAAGAUGGAGGAACUUCAGCAAAUGGACUCACUGGGGCUACUUUGCUGCCUCUACAGGGAGCCUGGAGUCCCAGAGAUGACCUUUGAGAGAGACGGACUCCCAGCCCAGGAAAUAUGGUCCCUGCCGGCACCAAGUCUCUCUGGCCUCCGUGUGAGUCCUCGUCUCCCUUUACCCACAAGAACAUUCAUCAGUGGAACUUCCUUCCACUUCAAGGAGGUGGUGACGUUCCGGGAUGUGGCUGUGGACUUCACCCGGGAGGAGUGGCGCCUCCUGUCCCCUUCCCAGAAGGAGCUGUACAGGGAGGUGAUGCUGGAGAAUGUCCGGAACCUGCUCUCUGUGGGCCUUCCAGCCCCCCCAGAAGACGUGAUCUCUUCUUUGGAGCAGAGGGAAGCCCCAUGGAUGCUGGAGCAAGAAGACCUGAGGAGCUGUUCCCCAGGAGAGAUCAGACCUGAAAUGAAGGCGAAUCCAACAGAGUUGAGCCUUCCUGUGGAAGAAAUUGGUCCCAAUAGCUUUGCUUUUAGAGAAUUCUUUGUUUCACUUCAAAAUUCAUCUCAGAUUGAAAUACACACUGAGGAAAAAUCUAGUAAAAGUAAUCAGUGCAAAAAGACUUUGAUGCGCAGGGCAAAUCUUGCUGUACAUCAAAGAAUCCACAGUGUGGAGAAACCUUAUGAAUGCAAUCAGUGUGGAAAGACAUUCAAAGAAAGGUCCAAGCUUUCUGUACACCAGAGAAUCCAUACUGGGGAGAAACCUUAUGAAUGCAAGCAGUGUGGAAAAACAUUUUGUCAGAGCUUCAGUCUUACUGUACAUCAGAGAAUCCACAGUGGGGAGAAGCCUUAUGAAUGUAAGCAGUGUGGAAAGAUGUUCAGUCAGAGCUCCAAUCUUGCUGUACAUCAGAGAAUCCAUACUGGGGAGAAACCUCACAAAUGCAAGCAAUGUGGAAAAACAUUCAGUCAUAGCUCCCAUCUUGCUGUACAUUAUAGAGUCCACACUGGGGAAAAACCUUAUGAAUGCAACCAGUGUGGAAAGACAUUCAGUCGGAGCUCCAGUCUUGCUGUACAUCAGAGAAUUCACACUGGGGAGAAACCUUAUGAAUGCAAACAGUGUGGAAAGACUUUCAUUGUGGGCUCUAGUCUUACUGUACAUCAGAGAAUGCACACUGGUGAGGAACCCUAUGAAUGCAAGCAGUGUGGAAAAGCAUUCACAAAUAGCUCCAGUCUUGUUACACAUCAGAGAAUUCAUACUGGGGAGAAACCUUAUGAAUGUAAGCAUUGUGGAAAAACAUUCAGUCGGAGCUCCUAUCUUGCUGAACAUCAGAGAAUCCACACUGGUGAGAAACCUUAUAAAUGUAAGCAGUGUGGAAAGACAUUCAGUCAGAAUUCCCAUCUUGCUGUACAUCAGAGAAUCCACACUGGUGAGAAACCUUAUAAAUGUAAGCAGUGUGAAAAGACAUUCAGUCAGAGCUCCAGUCUUGCUGUGCAUGAGAGAAUCCACACUGGGGAAAAAUCUUCUGAAUGUCAACAGUGUGGAAAGACUUUAAUGAUGAGUUUCAUUCUUGAUGUACAUCAGAGAAUGUACACUGGCAAAGAAGAUUAUGAAUGCAAACACUGUGGAAAAGCAUUCACAAAUAACACAAAUAUUUUACAUCAGAGAAUCCACACUGGGGAGAAGCCUUAUGAAUGCAAACAAUGUGGAAAGACAUUCAGUCGGAGCUCCUAUCUUGUUGAACAUCAGAGAAUUCACACUGGGGAGAAACCUUAUGAAUGUAAACAGUGUGGAAAGACAUUCAGUCAGAGCUCUCAUCUUGCUGUACAUUGGAGAAUCCACACUGGUGAGAAACCUUAUGAAUGCAAGCAGUGUGGAAAGACAUUCACAAAUAAUUCCAGUCUUUCUGUACAUCAGAGAACCCACACUGGGGAGAAACCUUAUGAAUGUAAGCAGUGUGGAAAGACAUUCAGUCAGAGCUCCAAUCUUGCUGUACAUCAGAGAAUCCACAGUGUGGAGAAACCUUAUGAAUACAAGCAUCAUGGAAACACUUUCAGUCAGUUCUCUAACCUUGGCAUACAUCAGAGGAACCAUACUGUGGAGAAACCUUAUGAGUGCAAGCUGUGUGGAAAGACAUUCACAACUAAUUCAAGUCUUUUUGUACAUCAGAGAAUCCACACUGGGGAGAAACCUUAUCAAUGCAAGCAGUGUGGAAAGACAUUCAGACAGAGCUCCAAUCUUGCUGUACAUCAGAGAAUUCACACUGGGGAGAAACCAUAUCAGUGCAAGCACUGUGGAAAGACUUUUAGUCACAGCUCCCAUCUUGCUGUACAUUGUAGAAUCCACACUGGAGAAAAGCCUUAUGAAUGCAAGCAAUGUGGAAAGACAUUCAGUCGGAGCUCCAGUCUUGCUGUACAUAAGAGAAUCCACACUGUAGAGAAGCCUUGUGAAUGCAAGCAGUGUGGAAAGACAUUCAGUCAGAACUCCCAUCUUGCUGUACAUCAGAGAAUCCACACUGGUGAGAAACCUUAUCAAUGUAAUCAAUGUGGAAAGACAUUUAGUCGGAGUUCCAGUCUUGCUGUCCAUCAGAGAAUCCACACUAGGAAGGAUCCUUAAAAACGCAAUGUGGAAAAAUUCAUGUGCAAAUCUUGUCUUGCUAUUGUGUGAAGGAAAUGUAAUGUCCCCCUUUUUGGAGAAGCAUACCUGUCAUGAGCCUAAACUUGAAUUAUAGGAGAGGAUUACAUGAUGGGUAAUCAUUGAGUGAGGACAGAAUGACAGCAGGAAAAUGGCUGCAAUGUAGUUGAGAGAUCAUUAAGAUGAGGGCAGGCGAGUCCCCUGGGACUGCUUCCCCUAGGUGGCUGAAGCAAAAUAGAAAGCCUCGGUUGACUGCUUGAUGAGAUUUGUGAGUUAAUGGGUAGAGAAAAGGAUAAAUUGAGGGAAGAGUAUAUAUCCAAGCUCUUCUCUUUCAGUUUGGUUGCUGGUUAGACUUCCCUGUGAGAAUGGCUAUGGUGCUCUAAUUGUGGCUAUAGAAUAGCAAACCAAACAUUGCUGAGGAAAUUAGAUCUCCUGUUUUUCCACCUUUUCCCCCUUCUGCAUUAGAUUAAGUGAAAUUCACUUAAAUUUAGUCUUGUAAUUUUCUCUAUUAUACUAUGCAUCACAGAAACUACAGACAUUCACUCUGAGCUCUCACUUUCCUCAAAAUCAGACAGUUUGCUCUAGUAUGUCAUAAGCUCUCCUAAGAUUAUAUGCAAGUGGGCAUAUAUUUUAAACCUAAAGCAUGAUCCCCUAAGAAAAUUAAGGGAGUGUAGAAUAGUUUACCUUUCAGAUUGAUUUAUUGAUAAGGGAACAGUUUGUAACCACAAAUGAAAUAGAUUUUAUGAGGUUUAAAAUAUGUAAUUUUUAUAUUAAACUUAAAACAUUGUACAAAAAGCUAAUGUAAGAUUAAAAGUGUAAAUAGGUUGUCAUUUGUUUGCAACCCUAUGUCCAAUUAAAUACUUAAUUUAAAAAAAUUUUAACCCUAUAUUCAAAUGCCUUAGUUCAUCAUUUCAUGCUAUCUAGAUCUAAAGGGGAGUUAGUUUAGGAAGGAAAUAAUGUCUUUGCUCUAAAGAAACCUUUUGUGGGGGCAGCUGGGUAGCUCAGUGGAUUGAGAGCCAGGCCUAGAGACGAGAGGUCCUAGGUUCAAAUCUGGCCCCAGACACUUCUCAACUGUGUGACCCUGGGCAAGUUACUUGACCCCCAUUGCCUAGCCCUUACCACUCUUCUGCCGUGGAGCCAAUAUGGAAGGUAAGGAUUUUAAAAAAAAAAUUUUUUUAAUAAAAAAGCCAUUUGUAAUUAGAACUAUUUCCUACAUAUUGUUUUCCUAAAAUGUCAAUAAAGCAAAAAUCAAAAGAUAAAUUCUACUGUGGAUUUUAAGAUACAAACUAAAAUUAUUGACAUCCCAGUGGUUUCUAUUCAGUUGCAUGCAUUACCAAAAUCAUUGUCUUAUAUUUUCAAAAUCAUGCAUCUAUCAGCUUGACACUCUGAACUGAUUAUACUCAGAGUCCAAUAUGACAUUACUAAUACAAUUAUACUUAUUUCUAUAAUUUCUAAACCUAUCACUUGCAUGUCAGAUCUUAAGCCUAUUUUGCAUUAAGAUCUAUGCUAUAUAUGUGGUAAGAAAUUAUCACAGCAGUACAGAGCUCCAAGCUAAAUAGGUUCGUUGGGAGGCCACUCUUCCAAUAAAGCCGGUUCCUGGUCAAGAUCAAGAGCAGAGAUCCUGAGCCUUAGGAGAUAGCCUUUUUUAUGCCAAGAAAUCUGAUGAUGCAAUGAUAGAAAAUACACUUACAGUGAAACUAAAAUGAAUGUAAAAUUGUUCAUAUGGGUAUCUUCUUAAUGAUGCAAGCUCUGAUUAAUCUGGCAAUAGUAGGAAAGAUCACUAUGGGUGGUAACUUGUCAGUACUCAUGGUCUUGGUGUUUUUACUAGUGAUUAUGUUGGAAUAAUAGAUUUCAGCAGUUUUGGUUAACUGAUAUGUGAAAACAAGAGUAGCCCUCCACCUGCUGUGUGACUUAUUCUACAAACAAGACCAUCCUUCCUCUUUUUGUCUGACCAUCUUGUUAUACCCCCAAGAGGGGUGUGAUAGGAUUUAUGGAAUCUCCUGGGUCAUAGGCUUGAUGUCAGGAUGUAAACAAAAUUCGAUAGCACCCCAAAAAUAAUUUUCUUAGCUAAUGUUUACAGUUUUCAUAAAGCAAGCUAUUUUGACUAGAACUCAAAACUAAUGAUUAUGUUAUAAAAAUAAUCCUAAAAGGUAAUAAAAUCAUGAAAGGGGGUUUUGUACUCACACAUACAAGAUCAAAUAUCAUUAUACUAAAAGGAAAAACAUGUGAAUUAAAGUGCUACUACAUUAUAAUUUAUUGUAAGUCAGUUCCAUUGAAUCUAGAUUCACCAUUAUGAAUGGUACCCUAAAGAAUCUUUUCUCAAGAAGCAUUUGCUGUCAGCACCUCAAAUGAUAGGACCUCUACUUUCAGAUUAGUCCUCUGCCCAGGGUUCAUGGCUAUCUAACUGCUCAGUAGGAGGGUCUGAGUCCUGGACAUGAAAGAGGGAAAGAGGCAGGUGUUAAAGGGAUGGAGAAGUGGAACCUCAGAGAUGAGUAGUGGCCCAGGUUGAAUUCAAGCCAAGGGGCAGAAUUGAAGGCCUGAGGAAGAACAGGAUCUAGGACUCUCAGAAUAAGAGUUUUAGGGACCAGGAGAAACGUUUCAGGAAGUGAGAUGCUACCUGAGAAGACCGAAUCCAAGAGGUCAAGGGAAGCAUGGAGGACAUAUUCCAAGAAGUGGAGACAACUAAAGGAAAGUCAGAGUAAAAAGAUGGAGGGUCUUGAGCAAGAAUCAUUCAGGAGGUCAGUAUCACUGGGUCAGAGACAGAGUAGUGUCAGGAAAUAAAUCCACUGCACCGAUAUAAAAUGUAUAUGAAUAGAGUCAAGUAAGUAAAAUUCUCCAUCUAAAUGUAGAAAGUUAGAUUUUAUUAGAGGGCUAGAUCUCCCAACAAAACAGGACUCUUGCAUAUUACAUAGUUAGAAGACCACAAGAGAUGAUUCAGUCUGGCAGAGACCUGGUUUAUAUAGAUACAAUUAACAAAUUAAGUGUUCCCACACAAGGUUUCAUUAGUUAUAUUUCUAUAUAAGAUUUAUAUUUCUAUAUAAGACUUAUAAGACAUAGCAUCAUAUAGACCUUCUUAGGAAACAGUUGCCCAACAACAAAGCUGAUUGAUUAGUUAACGUAGGAAAACCCAUAUUAGUCCAAAGGUUGGAUAACAAAGCAAUACCUUUAUUUAGAGAAAUAAUGAUGACCAUUACCUAAGACUCAUCUGAUAUGGAAGAAGGAUGUUACUUAUGGUUAAUUCCAAAAAUGGGCAGGGUGUAGAUGUUUGCACCAUUUCUGGACAUGAAACUCAGGUGGUCAUCAUUGUGUAAUUAGAAAUUUGUUACCCUAAAAACUACAUGAACUUCCUGUUAUUACUGACUUCCUGUAGACAGAGGGAUAAAUUUAGUGGGUUUCUUGGUCUCACAAUCUUGGCUUCCUGUAACAAUUUUGGUGAAGUGGGCUUUUUGAACAGGUUGAUUAGCUAUGGGUACAUAGUUUAUUUGUUAUCUUCUUCAUUCCUUUAUUUCUAAUGAUCAUUAAUAAAUCCCUUAAAAUA